AUGGACUAUGCCCACCAAAGGGUCCACCAGCAGUACCCCUCUGGCUCCGACCACCCCCAGUACUCCUCCGCCAUGAGCUCCUCCCAGCAGCUCCCCCAGCCCCCCGCAUACGUCAUGCUCUCCGACCAGAACGGCAGCAUCCGCCCGCCCCCCUACCGACGCAAUAUCCCCCGCUACCACUCCACCUCCCACAAAUCCUCCGGCUGCUCCUGCCUCCGCUGCAUCUGCUGCUGCUUCUGUGUCCUCUUCGUCCUCAUCUUCAUCUUUGCCGCCCUCGCCUUCUACUUCUACGCCGUCUACCAGCCUCAGGUACCCUCUUACAAGGUUGAAGACUUCGGCGUCAGGGCCUUCAGCUUCGGGGACGCCUUCAGCCUCCACACCGAGUUCAUGGUCACGGUUAAGGCCGAAAACCCGAACGCGCACAUCGGGUUGAUUUACGGCCAGAACAGCUCGGUGGACGUCGAGUAUUCCAACUCCACUUUGUGCUCCGGGAAGCUGCCCGCGUUUUACCAAGGCCACAAAAACACGACCGUCCUGCAAGUGCCGCUGAAGGGGACCAGCGAAUUCGGGUCGGGGCUCCAGCAGGCGAUGAUGGAUAACCGCCACAACGGGAAGAUUCCGUUGCUGGUGAAGGUGAAGGUGCCGGUGCGCGUGGUGGUGGGGUCGCUUCCGCUCAGGCAACUCUUCGUUUUCGUCAACUGCUCUUUGGUCGUCAACAGCAUAUCGCCCAAUCAAAAGAUUCGAAUUUUGUCCUCCAAAUACAAUGUGGAGGCGGCACUCAAUGGCUGA